AUGACUUACAAUAAAGUGAAUAAUAUCGAGAAGGGAGAGGAAUGCACCAGCUGGGAUAUUCCGACACCUUUAAAUCGAUGGAGGAAAGGACUGUCACCUCCCUUUUACUCUUCCAUAAAAAUAUUUAGUAUGUUAGGACGACUUAACACAACGUUAAUUACGCGACAACCACACAAGUACCGCAAUCUGCUCCCCAAAAGCCCGAAAAAUAAGAGCAAACCACACGACAACGCCAGCCCUACGAUUACCCAAAAAAAAAAAACAGUUCCAACGUUGAAACCGGCCCACCGCAAUAUGAAAACCUCCCAUCUCAUAUAA